AGCUCGCAGUCGCACACACCACACUAAUCACCAUCACCAGCGCCAUCGUCUUCUCCGAGCCCCGAGACACAGUGCCGAGACACGCUAGCGGGCAGCACGGAGGCAGCUGGUUCCACUCUCACAGAGCAAGCGAAGAGCUCCUUCUCCAAUGGCGCGGCCACAGCAGCGGUACCGCGGCGUCCGGCAGCGCCACUGGGGCUCCUGGGUCUCCGAGAUCCGCCACCCCCUCCUCAAGACGAGGAUCUGGCUGGGCACCUUCGAGACGGCGGAGGACGCGGCGCGCGCCUACGACGAGGCGGCGCGCAUCAUGUGCGGCCCGCGCGUGCGCACCAACUUCCCCGACAACGACGCCGCCCCGUCGUCGUCGUUCCUCUCCCCGGCCCUGGUCGCCAAGCUCCACCGCUUCAACGUGGCGUGCGGCCCGCAGGCCGCGCAGCAGGGGGACAAGGGCGCCUCGGCGUCGUCCGUGGGCGUGGAGCCGCGCACGUCGCCGACGCCGUUCGCCGGCUACACGGGCAAUGGCGCCAGCGCGCCGUCGGCGGCGGCCGGGUGGAGCGGGGGGUUCCUGGAGGAGCAGUACGUGGAGCAGAUGAUCGAGGAGCUGCUGGACUCCAACUUCUCCAUGGAGAUCUCCUACUAGCUCCGCUCCGCCACCUCCGCGCAUGCUCUGCUCCCGCGUCUUCCGUCCGCUUGCUCUGUUUCCGCUCCAUUUCCCUUUCUCUUCCUCUUUCUCUCUCUCUCUCUGUGUGGGUGGGUUUGUUUUUAGCUUAGCAUAAGCCAUGUCGGGAAGAGCUCGAGGUUAGUAUGGUCAUCACCCGAGCUCUCCAGCGGCUUUGUGUAUACAGUAGCUUCCUUAGAGCACAUUUCUUCAUUCUUGUAUUACUAUUCAUGUCUUGAUGAUGCCCUAAUUACUGUUUCGAUCUU